UGUUGGUCUAACUAAUAAACCUUCCAGGUACCUUGCAGGUAUUAAGAAAUCAAAUGGCCUACCCUAUUAUUAGGAACUCACGAUUUUUAUGUAAUGAGGUAUGCUGGAGUGGAACUGAGAGGUUACUAAUUGAGGAGCAGCAGCGUUUUUCGUCACAGUGGUCUCCUCUCUGAGCUAGUCUGAGGGGUCAUUCUUGGACUUCUUCUGUCUUUUGGGCUGCUGCAAUUUUAACCAAGAUGCGUAGCUUGAUUCUGCUUGCAUUCAUUGGUGUGUUCACAGCGCAAGUUUUCUCCCAACGCGUUGGUAAUGUUGAUAAAACCUUACCACCUAAAGAUGGAGCAAUAAGCAGAAGACCGAAAGUGGAUGACAAAACUAAAGGACCCGGAGACGGAGGAAUAACAAGACCAGUUGUCAAUGUCAGAACGAGGCAACCAGGAGGGGUAACAAGAGGACCGGAAGUUGGAGAUAGAACCAAGGGACCACGAAAUGGUAGAGUUACGAGGAGACCUAAAAAUGAUGACAAGAAAAGGAAACCAAAGAAAUUUAUCAAAAAGAUCAAGGGAGGUAAAGGACUUGGAAAUAUGAAAAAAAUGAAGCAGAGGUUUACAAGAAAAAUGAAAUCCUUCAUGAAGAUGAAGAAAGGCAUGUUCAGGAAACAGAAACAAAAUUAAACCAAGUGAACACAAGAUUUAGAGUAUAUGCCUUACAGAACGUCUUCCAACGCACUUACCCUUUCUCCAUGCAAAAAUGUUUUUUA